AUGGCAGGCAGCGUCAAGGCGACCAAGCUUUCGGACGUUGUGCUUGCGCACGAGCUCAAGACUGGCCGAAGCUCCGUGUGGACGCGCCUUGUCGCGGUCAAGGCUGCGCACCUCGGCGCCGCGACGGAGCACCUGGAGCCCACGCCCAAGAAGCGCUACGGCGUCUUUCUUGCUCGCAGCCGCGCCCGUUUUGCCGGCAGCAGCGGCGCCUCCUCCGCUCAAGCGCCUCAUCAACUUCCUGUACGCGCCGCCACGGUGGAAUGGCGGCAUCACGGCAAGUGCACAAACAUUGCGAGCGUCAAUGUGGACGAGGAGUACAACGCGAUCAAGAGAGGCCUCGUGGCAGCCGCGACCGACGAAGCUCGUCACCCGACGCUCCUUUGCGCGGUUGUGCUCCGGCCGCUGACGGCGACGCGCACCAACCUCGUGUUGGUCCAGCGCGACGGCGUUGCCGUGUUCCACUACAGUGGACACGGCCACCUGCAGCGCGGCCUCGUGUUUAUGGGAGCCCAAUACAACUCGGACCCCGUCUCGGCGGCCGAGAUCCACGCCUUGCUGGGCGGCUUCGUCCAGGUCGUCGCGUUGCUGCUCACGUGCCACUCGGAGGCCAUCGGCGAAGCGCUUGUCGCCGUUUGUGUCAUGCACGUGGUUGCGGUUGCGCAAGAGGUUACGAUUUGCGCCGGGGCUGUGCUGCUCUUCCACGAGGACUUCUACACGCUCUUUGCGAGUGGCCACUCGAUCGCGAAGAGUGUUGAGCAAGGCCGGGUCGCGAUCCGCACGUCGAGUAGCCCGCGGUUCGAGCGUGCGCGGACUCGGUUUUGCUGCUGCCCCGUGGCGGCGACCACGACGCCAUCAUUUUCCCGACUGCGUUUCCCGCGUCGGCCGUCGUCAGCAACCCGUUCCCACCGCUUCACACCGGCAACCUUCCGUGCGAACUGCGGACGUACAAGGAGCGCAACCUCGACGAGUUCCUCGUAUGCACAAGAUGCUGCGACGCGAUGCUGGAACGUCAUGCAGCAGCUCGUGGCGGGCGACGCUCUGUCAUUCCUCAAGUCCAAGGCGCUCCUGGUCCUCGACGGUCUCGACGCCGUUGCGGAAACGCUAUCGUUUCUCGAAGGACCACGGCGUCAUCGCGCGCGCCAUCAAGCCUCUCAACCCCGACAAGCCGUCGCGCAAGAUGCGAGCGGUGCGACGUCGUGAUAUUGGAAGAUAUUACACGCUAUUGUAGUGCGGACUCGAUUCUUGCUGCUCAUGACAACGACCACAACCCACCUUUCUGGACCAACGACCUUCGGCGCGGGUGACCAAAAAGCGCUGCGACAACGAGGACAUUCACAACAUGCGAUACGAUUCUCAGCAUGAUAUAGACUGCCUCUUGCGCCCCAACUUGAGCGCUGUCCGGCUCCAUGGUCGAAGCGGCGUUGACAAGACUGGCGAAUUCAGCGGCCAUCGAGCUCCGCGACCACUUUGGAUGCAAGGUCGUGCGCUCAUCGCAUUGCGAAAUAGGUCACCCACAAGCACGCCUGGCACCGAGAGCUCCGAGAACCCCAACGGCAACGACAGCAACAAAGGGCGAGCGAGCAAUGCAGUGCGUGAAGACAAGCAGUGGCAAAGCGUCGCGCAUUCCAUUGCUCGCUCGCCGCUUUAGUGCAAUGGCCCCGUCGUCGAGGUACGAGCUGCCUCAUGAUCAAGCGCGUGGUGGGUGCUAGCGUCUUUGCGAUGGCUUUCGCUCAGACGCGCCAUUCGGUCACGCAGCCAAGAAGCUUAUCGUCAACCAAUCUCAAAUAUCGGGAUGAAUACACAACGGUUUUAUUGUUCUCUUGCAA